GAAAAGGAAAGUGGGGGUGGCCGUUAUUGAAAUGGAAAGUGAAGAUGGAGAUAAAUACCAGCUGCUUUAUCCAUUGCAAUUCCCAGAAGAUUAUCCAUUCACCUCGAUCUUUGAACUGAAUUUCCCAUCUUUAAAUCGCCCCCCUUAUCGAACUCCACUUGGAAUUCCCGGAACCAUGAUGGGCCACCAAAAUCACCACCACCAGGAUCACCAAUCCAAGGUCUUGUACGAGCUCUCCGCCCUAGUUUUGAACAUCAUUCGCUCGCCGCCCACGGCCGCCCCGCGGCGGAGGUGGGACGCCCUCUCCUUCCAGAGCAUGACGCCCGCGGGAUUCGCCUCCCUGCUCCUCGGGAUCUCGCUCUCGCUCAUGCUCUGCGGAUCGGUCACGUUUUUCUUAGGUUUUAUGUUGAUGCCUUGGGUUCUCGGAUUGGUUGUGUUCUUGUAUUUUGUGGGGAUUGUUUCCAGUAUUUCGAUGAUUGGGAGAGCCAUUCUGUGUCACAAUCCCGCGCCUCCGUCGCCCACCAAGGAGAUUCCUUUUCGAGCUAGAGAAGGCCUCUUGGGAUGAAGACUUGAAUUGGAAUUGGAAUAGGAGAGCGUGGAAGGUGUUGUGAUAGGUCGGUGGGUAGCCAUGGCGGUGGAAGGAGUUUGCAGCGCCAUCGUUGUGUGCUUGCCCGUUGCAGGACUGUGGAUACAUCUCCUUGAAUGAUACUUUUUGUUGAUUUGGAGUUAGCAAAUUCUCUAUCAAGUUGAAGGGAAACAAACUACUUUCAUCAUUUGAAGAUGAGACAUUCAUUCUAGCUGUGUUUUUUUCUGGUUAGGUGGAAACAGCAGCACUCUAUAUUUAUUUCUCCAUAUGUUGCAGUAUCUCUUGAGAGGGAUUGAUUUUUGAGCUUUUUGUGUGUAUAUUAUUAUAUACUGUGUAAUGAAUUCUUCUCUCUUUCAAAUGUAUUCUGUUCCUUUCUUCU